AUGUCUACCAUUGCUUCUUUCAAGAUCCCCAAGGUCUCAAAUGAACCAAACCACCAUUAUGCGAAAGGUUCGGCUCAACGGGAUGGCCUCACUGCUGCCCUUGAGCGCUUCCAAAAGAAAGCUCCUUUAGAGGUACCUAUUGUGGUUGGAGGUAAAGAGCUCAAAACUUCGUUUAUCUCCACCCAACAAAACCCAUCGAACCAUUCCUCCACGAUCGCCUCAUACUCCAAUGCCUCGCCAUCAGAUGUUUCCGCUGCAAUCGAUGCGGCCCUUGCUGCGAAGCCGGAAUGGGAAUCUCUUCCCUUUUCCGACCGAGCUGCAAUCUUCCUCAAAGCUGCGGAUCUGAUUGCCGGCAAAUACAGAUAUGAGAUUAUGGCUGCGACGAUGCUCGGCCAAGGCAAGAAUGCAUGGCAAGCCGAAAUCGAUUCGGCGGCAGAAUUGGUCGAUUUCCUUCGAUUCAACGUCCAAUUCGCCGAGGAGCUGUACGCUCAACAACCGGCACAUCAUUCGCCUGGUGUUUGGAACAGAGUGGAAUAUCGUCCUUUGGAGGGCUUUGUUUAUGCUGUUACGCCGUUCAACUUUACUGCCAUUGCUGGUAACCUACCUGGUGCCCCUGCUCUAAUGGGAAAUGUUGUUGUAUGGAAGCCAUCCGACUCUGCCAUUGCGUCGAACUGGCUUCUUUAUAAUAUUCUGUUGGAGGCUGGCCUGCCAAAGAACGUUAUUCAGUUUGUUCCAGGCAACCCAGAAGAAGUCACCAGAGUCGUUCUCGCACACAAGAAGCUUGCUGCUCUUCACUACACUGGCAGCACCGCUGUAUUCAGGAAGCUUUAUGGUGCUAUUGCCAAUGGUGUCGCAGAAGGCAGAUACCAAGGCUACCCUCGAAUCGUUGGUGAGACGGGGGGCAAGAACUUCCACCUCAUCCAUUCAUCUGCGGAUAUUGACAAUGCCGCUGUUCAGACUGUCCGUGGUGCUUUCGAAUACCAAGGACAGAAGUGCAGUGCAACCUCGAGAGCUUAUGUCCCGAAGUCAGUUUGGUCCGAGUUCAAGGAGCGCUUGGUGCGGGAGACCGUUGCCCUUUCAGUCGGUCCCGUAACAGAUUCCAAGAAUUUCAUUGGUCCCGUCAUUCAUGCUCCGUCAUUCAAGAAGCUCUCUAGAGUUAUCGAUGCUGCCAAGGAUGACAAGGACCUCGAAUUGAUCACUGGUGGAAAGUAUGAUGACUCCACUGGUUAUUUCAUCCAUCCUACGAUUUAUGUUACUACCAACCCCAACCACCACCUUUUGUCAACUGAGCUUUUUGGCCCAAUUUUGACGGUUUAUGUGUACGAUGACACUACAUCACCAGUUGAAGCAUAUACAUCCAUCUGCGAGCUUGUCGACAACACAUCCGAGUACGGCCUCACCGGUUCCAUCUUUGCUACAGAUCGUGCAGCUGUCCGCUUCGCCGAAGAUGCACUGAGAAACUCUGCAGGAAACUUCUACAUCAACUGCAAGAGCACGGGAGCCGUUGUUGGACAACAGCCAUUCGGUGGCGCGAGAGCCAGUGGAACGAACGAUAAAGCUGGAAGCCAGAACCUGCUGACCAGAUUUGUGAGCAUGAGAAGUAUUAAAGAGGAGUUCAACCCUACUUUGAAGGUUGCUUAUCCUAGUAAUGACGUCUGA